AUGUCUAGCUCAUCGGAACUCUCAGAGGUUUCCGGCCAGAAACCGGCGAGGUCGCCGGAGAAGACAACUUUCUCUCAGACUUGCAGUUUACUGAGUCAAUACAUCAAGGAAAAGGGUAGCUUCAAGGAUCUUUCUCUCGGUAUGACAUGCAACAACACCGAACCAACUGGGUCUAUUGAGACUUCUUCUCAAUUAGGAACAACCAUGAACUUGUUUCCAACCAUGGAAAACAACGUGGGACCAAAGAAUCUUACAACUAUGGAUUUGCUCUCUCCACAAGCUGCUAUGAACAACUCAAAUGCUAAUAAGGGACCUAAAGCUGCACAAUUGACAAUGUUUUACAAUGGUCAAGUUGUUGUAUUCGACGAUUUCCCGGCUGAUAAAGCACAAGAGCUCAUGGCUUUUGCUAACAAAGGAGUCUCUCAAACUCAGAACAACAAUUCUUUAUACACUUACUCACAAAGCCAGCCUUCAUUUCCUCCAAAUUCGGUCAGAACUUCUGUUGAUCCAAUCGCUCCAACUGCUCCAACUGUGAACAACAUCGUCCCUAGCACCUGCAAUGGCUCGAUUCAUGAACACCCUCAAGUGCUUUCCAGACCUAAUGUUUGCGAUCUUCCAAUUAUGAGGAAAGCUUCUCUUCAUCGGUUCCUCGAGAAAAGAAAGGAUAGAGUUGCAUCCAAAUCACCAUAUCAGAGAACAAAUCCAAUGGAGAGUAUUAACAAGGCAGGAGAAAACAUGUCAUGGCUUGUGGGUGCAAAAUCAACUCAAAUCUGA